AUGUUGGGCCCGGGGCUGGUGGCCAGGGAUGUGGUGGUGGAUGCUCUGCCCUCCUUGGACCAGGGGUACGAGGCACGGGGCAUGCGGGAGGCAGCUGCAGCGCUGGUGGAGGAGGAGACGCAGUGGCACCAGCUGACCAAGAACUACCUCAGCUACCUGUCUGUGUACGCCUACAGCGCCUUCGAGACCGAGCUCAUGUGGAGGGAGUUUGAGUGUCUGGUGGCCUGGCAGCCCCUGGAACUACUCAGUAUGAAGAGGUAUGAGCUGCCCGCUGCAUCCUCUGGGCAGAAAAUCGACAUCAUGGCAUGGCAGGAGCACGUGAACAAUUCCAUGGCACAGCUGGAGCACCAGGCUGUGCGCAUCGAGAGCCUGGAGCUCAUGUCCCAGCACGGCUGCAACGCCUGGACGGUGUACGGCGAGCACCUGGUUCAUAUAAUAGAACAAGCCCAGAAAGAACUUCAGAAAUUGAGGAAAAACAUUCAAAACCUGAACUGGCAGAGGAAGAACAUGCAGCUCACAGCUGGGGCUAAGCUGUGAGAGAUGGAAUCCGCGUGGGUCUCUCUUGUCAGUAAAAAUUAUGAUAUUGUGCAGCUGGAAAAUGAAAUUUCACAAAUCAAGCAGCAGCAUGGGGAAGCAAACAAGGAGAAGAUCCAGCAAGACUUUCAGUGA